ACCCACUUCCGGUCCAAGAGUUUGUAAACAAUGAAAGAGGAUAUGGAGUCGUCAAGAGGUCUUACCUAAAAAUAUUGCUCUGUACAGGCCAUAAUAAAUGGAUAUUACAUGUCAUACCUGUCGAGCACACCCGUUAGUAUUAAACCAACCUGGACGUAUCGGUUCUCAAGGAUUCCCGCUCUUUUAAACGUCCUUCUUGUGUGUGUGAGAAUCGGACCGCUGGCUAGCGACGCGGUUGUUUUUCUACACACUAGACAGACAUCAGACACAACGGCCUGCAGGAACGACGGACCCUAAACACAACCGAGGACUGGCGAGUCUUUCAAAGGCCACCUAGACGUGUUUCUGUCGUGUUUGUCGUGUGGUGCAGGCUCAGCUCGAUGGGGAACUGUCUGUCUUCUCAAGGCGCUGAUGAUCUGUCCCUGCUCAACGAGUCCGAGGGGGCGAGUCUGCCCGGAGAGCCUCCGCCGCCCUACCAGGAGCGGGCGCAGGUGCCAGUGUACCAUCCCACACCCAGUCAGACGCGGCUGGCCACUCAGCUGACGGAGGAGGAGCAGGUCCGUAUCGCUCAGCGCAUUGGCCUCAUCCAACACCUGCCCCGAGGGGUCUUCGACCCAGGCACAGAGCCAUCCGACAAGAAGAUCAAAGAGUGUGUGAUCUGCAUGAUGGACUUUGAGUAUGGCGACCCGAUCCGGUUCCUGCCCUGCAUGCACAUCUAUCACGUGGACUGCAUUGAUGCCUGGCUCAUGCGCUCCUUCACUUGCCCUUCCUGUAUGGAGCCCGUCGAUGCUGCGCUGCUGUCUUCCUACGAGACUAACUGAGAGUGCCUGCUGAAAAACCGAGAGACGUGCCAAUGAGUCUGCCAAGAGCCCCGAAAUGUCUGGGACAGUAGAUUGAACAAAUGAAGGUGGUGUGACUCUGUGUCUGUGCAGAGACUGUAAAAAUGUCCAGUGCUAAACAAUAAAACCCCCUGGAAGGAUGUUUAAAACCUC